AAAAGGGAAGAGAGAGAAGAGAGAGAAAGAAGGGAGCAUCCGAGGCAGAGAAAGAAAGAGGCGGUGCGGUCCUAUCCUACUCUCUCCGAGCUCCUACUGUCAGUGUCAGUCGCCGCCACCGCUAACCGUUUUCACACCGGCGUCGCACUCCAACCGCAACGCCGGGAACCACCAUGCCCAGGCCGUCCCGAGAGUCCAUCGACACGUUCAUGGCCAUCACCGGCACGCCUGAGCCUCUGGCCGUCCGUCGGUUGGAGGAAUAUGGUGGGAAUCUCAACGAGGCUGUCAAUGCCCAUUUUACUGAAGGGAUCCACCAAACAUUUCCUCCUACAACUUCUACAUAUCCUCAUGAAAUGGACAGCCGGAAUCACGAUGGGCGGCAAGGGCUCGUGCCGCUCUUUCACACUGUUAGAAGUUUCAAGCCUUCUUCUCUUCUUGACCCAAACUAUAGGAGAAAUUUCUUUAACCAGAUUGGCGCUUCUGCAUUUGCUAGUCCCCGACAAUUUGCUACUUCUCCGAGCAACAUGACUGGGUCGGCUGAAGCAUUCGACAGUGGUAAUCAGCCGCCUUAUCAUUCAGGAUCGAUUAACACCGGUGUUGUUAUUGGAACACCGGUUUAUUCUAGCACUCCAGCUGAAAUCAGAAGUUCGCAUACAUAUGGAAAUGAUGCAGAAGAUGAAAUGCUCCGAGCUGCUAUUGAGGCAUCGAAGCAGGAGUUUCUUUCUGGUUCCGGGCUUUCUCAAAGGCAACCUAGCCAAGAAGAUAAGGAGCUUGAUCGUGCAAUUUCACUGUCAUUGAUGGAAGCGGAGCAAGAGAAAGAGAAGCGUGUGCAACAAGUGAAAGAUAUACACCAUGAAUCUGGAUUUAAUGCUUCACAUGAAAGUGCAGACAAAACUAAGGAUAAAAGAUCAAAACUGGGAAGUGCAUCACAGCCAGAUGAGAUUAAGCUGGAAGGGCUGAAUUUGCAGGAUGAUAAGUCCAACCAGCAUUAUCAUGAUCAUAUUCAGUGUGGUCCAGAUGCCUAUCAGUCUGAUCAGAAAAUGUUAAUUCAAAGUGGAGGCUCUCUACCUCAAGAACCUGCACCAGAUGACAGAGAAUCAAUAAAUCUUGCUGUCCGCAUGCCGGAUGGGGCUCGUCACGGUCGCCGCUUCCUCAUGACUGACAAGCUUCAGUCUCUAUUUGACUUCAUAGAUGCUGGUGGUUGGGCAAAGCCUAUGGCUUAUAGACUGAUAAGGCCUUAUCCUCGCGAGGAGUUCACUGAUGGUGACAGGUUCUCAAGUUUUAGUGCAUUGGGGCUAACUGGUAAACAAGAAGCUUUGUUUCUAGAGUUCAUUUAGCAUUGGCUUUGACCGCCUUGAAAUUGCACCAUACGAGUAAGGACAUGUCGAGAGGUGCAUCCAUAGCCUUCUAUCGACCGCGUCUGACCAGGUUGCUUCACCAAAGCUCUUCGGUAAUGAUCGAUCCCAAACCAGAGAAGACGCAACAGCAUUUAAGAUUGGUGAUGAGUGUAGAGUUGUGCUCUAAGCCGGUCAUGACUACAAUUGGGUAUUAGUUACCUACUAGGUAUCGGCGAGUGUUUUAGCCGGAAAAAAUCUGUUGCUUGUUUGCAGCACUUUCAUAUACUCUUCCAACUCAAUGGGACCCUUACGUGAAACAUUCGGCCUGAUGGUGGUAUGUCCACAUUGUAGGAAAUGUCAAGGGGUUACGGACACGGACACUUGUCUGGUACAUCGUUUGUGAAAGAUGGUUAACUUGCGCUCUUUCAAUUC